AUGGAUUUAUUAAAGAAUUAUUGCAUGAACUGUAUUAAUAUUUGCUCUCCUGAGAAGUAUGUGAUCGAUCAAAAUGAAAUCGAAUUUUCUAGCACAAGUAAAACAGAAUUAAGUUCGAAGAUUUGGGAUUUUUAUUAUUCAACAUCAGACAACUAUACACUAUAUGAUAAACAAUUACACCACCCAGACACAGAAAUAAAUGACAAAAAAUAUUUUAGAAGAAAUAAUAAAAGUAGUAAAAAUUUAAAAAACUUAGAAAAGAUUAAAAUAGUACAAGACUUUUUUUUAGACAAAGAAAUCGAAAAUAAUUCUAUGAAUAAAAAUAUGUAUAAUAUACAAAAUAGUGAAUCAUUAAAAGGUGAUAAGGAACUCAAUAUAUAUAGUAUUAAAUCUUUUAAUAAAACUGCAAAUAUAUUUAUAGAAAAUAUAUUUGAUAUAGCUAUUGAUCCAGAAAAGAAAAUUACUUCGAAUAAAAAAAAUCCCCGGAAAAAGAGUAAAAAAAAAGUAACAAAAUGA